AAAAAAUUAGAAAAUGUUGAAAGUGCAAAUCAAAGUUGGUUUGAAGAGGCUAAAUCACAUUUAACUAUAAGUAAUAAAUGGUCAGGUGUUGCUCGAUGUUUUGGUUUAACACAAAAUCCAUCAAAUGGAUAUUAUAUGCUUGUAAUGUGUAAAAUGAAUAUAGAUUUAAGAAAAUAUUUACAACAAAAUCAUAAUCAACUUACAUGGAAAGAUAGAAUGAAAAUUAUUAAUGAAAUAACUCUUGCGCUUUAUUAUAUUCAUAAAGAGAAAGCAAUUCAUAGAGAUUUGCAUUCUGGAAAUAUAUUGUAUUCACAAUUUAAUGAUAAGUGGUAUAUUAGUGAUCUUGGAUUUUGUGGACCUGCUGAUAAAUCUUCAACAAGUAUAUAUGGAAAUCUUCCUUACAUAGCACCCGAAGUUAUUGUUGGAAGAGAAUAUACUUUUGCAUCUGAUAUUUAUAGUAUUGCAAUUCUUAUGUGGGAAAUUUCAUCUGGACAAACACCAUUUAUAAAUUAUGAACAUGAAAAUGAUAUUGUAAUGAAUAUUAUUAACGGUAUAAGGGCAAAAAUAGUGCCAGGAACUCCAUUAGAAUAUAAAAAUUUAAUGAAAGAAUGUUGGGAUGCUGAUCCAUUAAAAAGACCUGACGCUGAUGCACUUGAAUCCAAAAUAAACCGAAUUAAUUUAUAUUAUCAAAAUAUGUCAGAUGAAGUAUUCAAAUCAGAAAUGGAUAAUUUAGAAAUGAAUAAAGUAGAAGAAAAUUAUACAAGUAGCAG